CAGAAAUCCGAGACAUUUUGCUCCCGUAGUAUAUUUAGCCAGCGGUCGUUUUAAGGAGUACUGACUAUGCGCAGUGGUAUAUUUUCAUGUAAACAAACAUGGCGGAGCGAUCUCAUAGAAGUACCGAUCGGGUGGAUUACAAAGCAUUAAAUACACUUUCUACAGUCGACUUAGACCUUAGUUUAAAAGGGAAAAAAAAGUACAGUCGUGGAUCUAAAAUAUAUCUUGUGGAGAGACUCAUUAGCCGGCGAAAAGCAAAUAAGGAGGAACUUGAAUACCUUGUGAAAUGGAAGGAUUGGCCGCUAUGGAGUUGUACCUGGGAACCUUCUUGUCAUUUGAAUGAUCACCUUAUCAGGACAUACGAUAAUCCUGUUAUUACAAGGGAAAGAAUUCAGCAUGGGGCUGCAUUAUUUCUGGAAGCUGUUUUAACUAUUCUGAAAUCAAAUGCUGUCAAAGUUAGUUAUUCAGCUGAAAUUAGACUAGAUCAUGAUAUUGUAAGAUAUGUAUUUAGAGGAAAAGGAAAACAAGCCGCCGAUGGAGUCUGCAUGCUUUAUGAUAAAUAUGAUUUUAUUCGAUUUGAUCUUCCAGAAUAUUGGUAUUAUUAUUUACAUGAGCUUGGACAAGGAAUAGCGAUUGAUUUUCCAAUUAAGUUGAAAACUGUUCUUAGUUUUGUGAAAAAAAGAUACCUGAUAUCUAAUGGACAACUCAAGCUUGCCCCUAAUUCUCCGAUCGAAAAAGUGAUAAUUUUUGUAAAUAGAAGAGCUUGUGGUUGCAAUAAUAUUUAAUUUAAAAAAAGUGACUGACAUAUAUACAAGGUCGAUGAAACGGUCACUUAAUUUGGUACAUUAUUCGUUUGUUAAAUAAUUUUAUAGCAUUUUYUUAAUAGAAUUGUUUACACUUAAUUAUCAGAAAGCAGUAAUAAAAAUAUGAGCUUUUUAAAAUUA